UACACGCGCAUACUUAGGUAUAUAGUACAUAUUUAUAAAAACGUUUGUGUUUUUUGUUGUCCGCACGUACUCGCGCGCCUCCUAACUUGAAUUAAAAAAUUGUUUGUUGCGCACGAAAAGCAUAUUUACAUUCAAAUAUUUAUUGGACAACAGCAACAACAACAACAACAACAAACACGCCAAAUACCCACACAGUUAAAAGUGACUUCCAAAGUACGCAAUUUGUGUAUAUAGACGAUGAACAUCUUAUAUACCCCCAUAAAUAUUUAGUCAAGAAUUUAAAAAUAUUGCGUUGCAUUUUUUUGUCGCUUUUUAAAAACAAAAACAUUGUUUAUUCUUUAGUUGAAAGUGAAAGCAGCGUCUAUGAGAUGUUGUUGCCGGCACGUUUAAAAUAUAUUUUAAGAAAAUAAAAUGGAUAAAACGCAAGACAAGUUAUGCUAAUCAUACACACGGAUCAUAAGACAUAGCAGAUGCAAAAGAAAUAAAUUCAGUAACGUAACGGCAUUAAAUUGAAAGCAAAAUGCGGGCCAAAAGUUUUUAAACUUUUGCCCAACUAAGACCCACACGGAUAAAUACGGAUCGUACUGGAUAAUAACGGAUAGAAAUUGUUAAUUUAUUAAUUGAUGAGUUUCGAUGAGAAACAAUUGUGCUGCUUACAACAAAGUCGCUAAAAUGCGUCUCCAACAACGGUAUAGCAGCCCGGCAACACAAACGAUUGGCAACAACAGCAGCAGCAACAACAACUCUAGCAGCAGUCGUAAUAAUAAAACUAACAAUCAGCGUGCGAAGAAGCUGAGCCACAACAAUAACAACAACAACACCCUUGCUAACGGCAACAACAAAUUGCGUGCAACAAAAAACGACAACAACGCCACAAUGCGAACCACAUUGGUAGUAAAUACACCAUUCAACAACCAUCCCAUGUCGGUGGAAGACUUACCCGUGCAGGAGGAGACGACGACGGAAGUCGAGCUUCGCACCACAGCCUCCUCGCAUUUCCGGCUUUUCAACACCCUGCGCAGUAGUUCGACUUCGGCCAUGCUGGUCGAUCCCGGACUUUCGAAUAUGUUGUGUACCAGACCCCGCACCUUAAACGUUAACAACUUCUGGCAGACGCCGCCACACACAACAGAAAUAUUCAUUAGAGAACUCUUAGAUGUAUGGCGAGCCAAAGCACAUUGCAAUGUGGUGCCAGAAGGGCGUACACAAGAGCUCUUUCAGGAAAUGAGUUUUCAUCCCAGCCAGGCACAGAUUAUCGAAAUGUUGCAAACGGCGAAGAAAGUUUCCCGCAAAAGCAAGGGACAGAAUAAUGGUCUAACAGUGGGACAAUUUUUUGUAUUGGCUGCGGAUUUGAAGCGUUUUCGCGCUCCAACGAUUUCGAAUGCACUGAACUUCUGUGAAUUUAAUUGCACAAAAACCUCAAGCCCUCUAUUACAACAAGUAGAUGAUGUCAGCCAAGAAGCGAUUAAUGAAUCUAGCUCCAAUAUAACUACAAAACUGCAACCCGCUACAAAAAAGAGUUCAACCAACUCAUCGUCCUCUUCGACAUCUUCAUCGCCAUCGUCAUCGUCUUCGUCCACCAGCAACUCAACAGCAACGUCUAAGAACACGCAUUAUAAUAUCAAAAAGCCCGAGAAUUAUGGCACGGAACUCCGCAGUACAAAAUCUUUUAGCAGUGUCGAUGACACGAAAAAGAAAAAGAAUUCCAUCAACGAGCCUGUCGAGGUCUUUCUCGGCGGCUCCUGCAAUCCCACCACUUGGAGAGCAGAUGUGGCUAUUCCCGCGCUUAAAAGAUAUGGCAUUUCAUUCUAUAACCCUCAAGUAUCCGAUUGGACGCCCGAUCUCAUUGAACUCGAGCAUCGUGCCAAGGAGAAGGCCCGUGUACUAUUCUUUGUUAUGGAUUCGGAAACUCGCGCAUCUGCUGGUGCCAUCGAGGCGGCACAUAUAGCGGGUCAAAACUGCAAGCAGCUCGUGUUGGUCUUACAUCCGUAUAAACCCAAUCAGAAGAUACUGAAUGAGCCUCUGUCGCAGCAAGAAUACCUCGAUUUAAAUCGAAAUCAGUUGAUACUUAAGGAGCUGGUCUCCCGUCGCGGCCUGCCAGUAUUGGACAAUAUACCAUCUGGUUUGCAGCGCACCAAGGAAAUACUAUCUGGCAUUAGGGAUCCACCGUCCAAAAUAUCUUCUAUAUUAAAUACCGUACGCGGCGCUUUCGAUCGCGUUAAUCCCCAAAGCGAACUACUCACUGUGGAACAGUGUAAACAAGCUCUCUUAUUCUUAGGCUAUGCUCAGAGUUUAGUUAAUAUAGAUAAUCUAACUAAGAUAAUAAUCAACCAACGCGAAUCAUUAAAACUGCUACAAACGCACAGUACAAAGGCAGGCGAGGAACAGCCAGUAUGCGAGCCCGCGCCCACAUUGCCAAAUCAUGAGCUCAUCGAUUUCGAUCUAUUCUGUGUCAUCUCGGCCUAUUUAUCCGUUCUGCAACAGGAAAUACACGAGAGUGGAUGCAUAUCGCCCAUCAAGGGAACGAAUGUGCCACCGCCGCAGGUUUAUUUUACAAAUGCUCCCGAUGUGGACAUCUACUACUCGGCCAGUAAAAACAUUUCGCGAACUUCGAGCAAUGCAAGCGUGCCAUCCAACAGCAGCAGCGGCAUCGGACACGAUCUGGAACGUCAAAAUAUCUUGGAGCAGCUGAGUCGCAGUCGGGAUAGUGGCACCUCUUCGCCACAGCCACAAUUGGAGCCGCUGAACAAACGCUUGGCCACCAAUUCAACGGCGCUAAGUAAAAAGCAACAGCCACAAAUAUUGUUAAAUGUCGAAUCGAUAGAGACAACCGAAAUAAUCACGACGAAGACUAUAGAAACAAAUGUGGCAGGAAGUGGCUCAGCUGCGACAGCUACUGGAACAGGGAUAGGGACCUCGACAGCCAAUAUUGGCGAGGAGGAGGAAAGCGACAGCAAUGAUUCGGUCUUCUCCAGCAGCAGUUCGAUAGCUAGUGCCGGCGAUAUUCUUUCCUGCAUCAGCAAUGGCUGGGACAUGCGCGAUGUCUACUUGGGUGGCAGCUGUGUUAUGCGCACCAAGUGGCGCCAAAAGUUCGCCGGUCCGUUUUUGCAAGCCAAGGGCAUCUCCUUCCAUAUACCCGCACUCCACGAGAGCAUACAGCAGGCCUACACCCAGGCCCAGACACAGGCGCAAGAGUCGUCCAACUCGGACAAUUUGCAGGAGCAACAGCAGCAACGUUCCUAUACGCGCACGCGUCGCAAGUGUCGGGGCAAUCAACUGCAGCUGGAGGAGGAGGAGGAGCUGACGGUCACUGAGGAUUCGCUCAGCUGGUCACUGCCAUCGGUUGCUGUGCGUCAGAGUCUAUAUAAUCCAGCCUUGCUCGACUCCAGUCGCGUACUGCUCUUCGUCAUCACCAAUGAGACCCGAUCGUUGGCGCCCAUGACGUUGGCGGCUCACUGCAUAGGCCUAAUGUACAAUGUCGUCUUGGCCGUCCAAAUGCUGCCGGACGAUUGUGUCUUGAAUGGGGAAAAGCUCACUCCGGCUGCCAUCAAGGACUACAAUCGUGGUCGCUCCUAUCUCAUCGACUUGGCCAAGCGUCAGGGUGUGCCCGUCUUCAAUGAUAUACAGGCGGCCCUCGACUGCACUGUUGCCAAAGUGCAGGCCAUUAACAAUCGCGAUCGUUGCUAAAUUAUUCGUACCUGCUUUCAGUUCCAGCACGUGACAAUUUAAGCUAAUACUAUGUAAUUGUUUUAUUUAGUGAAAUUUAUGUUUAUAUUUUCUAAACUCUGGACCAUAAAAACAAAUUACCUAAAAGUGUUUAAUUAAAUUAUAAUUUAGUCUAAAGUCAA